UAGAAGAUUUCUUAGAGGCAAUCUGAUUGUAUUUUGUGUCAGUUUGGCACAAACACGAAUACAAGACCUGAUUUUGUUACACUACAUCGCUAGAUGGGUUUUAUAACGUCUACGCUGGCUGACAUCUGUUUUCUACGUACUCGACGAUCCUGCAGGAUCCAUCAUGGGGAAAUCUAAACAAGUAGGAAACCACAAAAGUGACAAGAAGAAGAACAUUUCAAAGACAUGGAAGACAAAGCGCAGGACUAAAGACCUGGACCAGAUCCACUCGGACAUGAAGCCUGAGACAGCGGCCAAGCUGCUGCACCAGGAGGUGGACUACGAUGUGACAGGCUGUGCUCAACACUACUGCUUACACUGCGCGAGAUAUUUCGUGGAUAUGAGAUCCUUGAAAGAGCACUUCAAAAGUAAAGUGCACAAAAAACGGCUGAAGCAGCUCAGAGAGGAGCCCUACACCCAGGCAGAGGCAGAGAGAGCAGCAGGGAUGGGCUCCUACAUCCCUCCAAAAAAGGUUGAAGUGAAGACACAGCCUGUGGAAGAGGACAUGGACUGAGAGAUGCCCACUGUAACCCAUCGGACUGAUCAACUCAACCACAGAAGCAUUUACAGAAUUAAUAAUGCUUCUAUUGCUUCUUGCUGUCACAAAUGUUUAAUGCAUUGUUAAAUGCUUUUUUUGUGGCACACUUUGUCUGACUCUUGAUAGCAGUUAGACUUCUGUCUAUCACCACAGUCGAGGAGGCCUCACCUUAUACUGGGUAAUAUGAUGCACCAUGUACCUGUGUAAAUAUUGAGUGUGUGUGUGUGGAAUGCUAAUAAACAUGAA